AUGGCUCCAAGCCUAACCAAAUCUAGUUCUGGUGCUUCAGGGCUGGUAGAUGGCAAAAACCAAUCUUUGGUCUCUCUGGAGGGAUCAAGCUUCGCUGCCAAUGGCCACACCUUUCUUUCUGACGUCCCUGAUAACAUUACCCUCACUCCAUCCCCUUAUACUGAAAAAGGUGCCGGAUCCUUUGUUGGGUUCGACACGAAAGAAUCCAAAGACAGGCACGUUGUCCCUAUUGGGAAACUGAAGAACAUAAAGUUCAUGAGCAUAUUCAGGUUCAAGGUCUGGUGGACAACCCAGUGGGUUGGCUCCAAUGGUAGAGACCUUGAGAAUGAGACUCAAAUGGUCCUGCUUGAUAAGUCUGAUGAUUCCGGCCGACCCUACGUUCUCCUUCUUCCUCUUCUCGAGGGGCCUUUCCGGGCUUCUAUCCAGCCGGGCAACGACGACAACGUUGAUGUCUGCGUGGAAAGUGGGUCCACAAAAGUUUGUGGUGCCGGAUUCCGGAGUGUUGUUUAUAUCCAUACAGGUGAUGAUCCAUACAACUUGGUGAAGGAGGCCAUGAAGGUGGUGAGGAUGCAUUUGGGUACUUUCAAGCUUUUGGAGGAGAAAACUCCUCCAGGUAUUGUGGAUAAGUUUGGUUGGUGUACAUGGGAUGCGUUCUACCUUACUGUGCACCCUCAAGGUAUCUGGGAAGGUGUUCAAGGUCUUGUUGAUGGUGGGUGUCCACCUGGUCUUGUGCUGAUUGAUGAUGGCUGGCAAUCCAUCAGUCAUGAUGAAGAUCCCAUCACGAAAGAAGGCAUGAAUGCUGCUGUUGCUGGUGAGCAAAUGCCAUGCAGACUCUUGAAGUUCCAAGAGAACUACAAGUUCAGGGACUAUGUGAGUCCUAAGAGUAUGGCUGUUGGUGCCAAAGAUAAAGGCAUGGGGGCUUUUAUUAAGGACCUGAAGGAAGAAUUUAACACAGUUGACUAUGUUUAUGUCUGGCAUGCACUGUGUGGAUACUGGGGUGGGCUCAGGCCUAACGUCCCUGGUUUGCCACAGACAGAAGUUGUCAGGCCAAAAUUGUCGCCGGGAUUGGAGCUGACGAUGCAGGAUCUGGCCGUCGAUAAGAUUGUGAGCACUGGCGUGGGGCUCGUGCCGCCGGAGAUUGUCGAUCAGAUGUACGAAGGACUUCAUUCUCACUUGGAGAAAGCUGGAAUUGACGGUGUCAAGGUCGACGUCAUUCAUUUGCUGGAAAUGUUGUGUGAAAACUACGGUGGCAGGGUUGACCUGGCUAAAGCAUAUUUUAAGGCCUUGACAGAAUCGGUGAGGAAGCAUUUCAAUGGAAAUGGUGUCAUAGCUAGCAUGGAACACUGCAACGAUUUCAUGUUCCUUGGAACAGAGGCCAUCUCUCUUGGUCGUGUCGGUGAUGAUUUCUGGUGCACCGAUCCAUCUGGUGAUCCCAAUGGCACAUUUUGGCUCCAAGGGUGUCACAUGGUGCACUGUGCUUAUAACAGUCUAUGGAUGGGCAACUUCAUCCACCCAGAUUGGGAUAUGUUCCAGUCUACUCAUCCUUGUGCUGAAUUCCAUGCUGCUUCUAGGGCAAUUUCCGGUGGUCCAAUCUACGUUAGUGAUUCUGUGGGGAAGCAUGACUUCUCAUUGCUCAGGAGACUAGUGUUGCCGGACGGUUCAAUUCUCCGGUGCGACUACUAUGCACUUCCAACUAGAGAUUGCCUCUUCGAGGAUCCUCUUCAUGACGGCAAAACCAUGCUCAAAAUUUGGAACCUCAACAAGUUUACUGGAGUUAUUGGAGCAUUUAACUGCCAAGGAGGAGGAUGGUCCCGGGAGACAAGACGCAAUACAUGUGCAUCCCAAUUUUCUCACCUAGUGACUACUACGACCAACCCCAAAGACAUUGAAUGGAAGAGUGGCAAGAACCCUAUUUCUGUCGAAGGAGUACAGAUGUUUGCCAUGUUCUUGUCCCAGUCCAAGAAGUUGGUUCUCUCCAAGCCAAACGAGAACUUUGAAAUAGCACUAGAACCGUUCAAUUUUGAGCUUGUUACAGUGUCCCCAGUUACUGUCUUGGCUGGAAAAUCAGUCCACUUUGCUCCUAUAGGAUUAGUGAACAUGCUCAACACUGGUGGUGCCAUCCAGUCGUUGGCCUAUGCCAAUAGCUCAGUCCAAAUUGGCAUCAAGGGAAGUGGAGAAUUGAGGGUUUUUGCUUCUGAGAAACCUAAAGCUUGCAAAAUUGAUGGAAGAGAGAUUGCUUUUAAGUAUGAAGAGUUCAUGGUUAUCACUCAAGUGCCAUGGUCUGCUCCAUCUGGCAUAUCUAUAGUUAAAUACUUAUUUUAG